CAUCCGCAUCAAACAGACUUCAUUCACUGAGUGGCCGCUCCGUAGAGACAACAGGCUACCUCCCUCUGUCCUGUGAUGCUGCACAGCCAUGGGACAAAGGAAACAUUCAGAAUGAAGGUUGCUAUCUAACAAAGAGCCAUAAAAUCCACUAUGGAUACUAACAUGAUGGAUACUAACACGAUGGAGCACAGUAUAGUCAGCACCUCUUUGUUAUAAUUUACGUGUUUUUAAGAUACUGUCAAGCUAUUUAUUAGACAUAUUCACCCCACAGACUUGGUUUUAAAGUGCUAAGGAGGGGGAUGAUCUUCUGUAUUGCAUCACGACAGCGCUCACUCAGUGGCUUGAGAACAUAUUCAGACUUUCAUGUUGAGUUUUGUCAGACAGAUCAGAGCCGCUGUAAAUAUGAGGAAUAAAACAUGCACAUAGCUGGAGGGGUUCAUUCCGCCCCAGUCCUACUGGUAGGACAGAGUCUUCUCUCCACUGAGUCUUUAUGAGGCACUAGUUUCUGACUGACUUCUCAGCACAGUCCACAGGAGCGGCACCAUGACCUCUUCAGACAACGAUGAAACAGGGAGCGACCUGUCUGAGUCUCUGGAGAUCUGUGAGCUCCAGGACCAGUACACAGACCCUGAAAACUGCUUCAAAUCUAAGAGCUUACCCAUCCUCAAUGGACCCUGUCAGCCAGAUCGAAAGGCCAAGGAGCCUCAUCUGGUCAACACCGCCCACACCUGCGUAGCCGUGCAGGAAAGCACUGAGCUCCAGCCGAAAACCCCAGACUCAAGCCAGGCAGAGUCCCCCUCCUCCAGGACGGACUUCUCCCCCUCCGCCUCCAGCAUGGUGGGGCUCAGCAGCUCUCUGCCUGUGGAGGGUUCACAGGGCCGCUGGCUCUGGGGCAAAAACUUGGUUUCUCUCUCAACCCGCCUUAUCAGCAUCCCAGCUAGGAAGUACGUGCGGGUCAUCCUGAGUGACUCCCGCUGCUUUCUGUUCUGCAUGUGUUACCUGACCUUCAUCCAGUCCCUGAUGGUUUCGGGCUACCUGAGCAGCGUCAUCACCACCAUCGAGAAGCGCUACAGCCUGCGGAGCUCCGAGUCCGGCCUGCUGGUCAGCUGCUUUGACAUCGGCAGCUUGCUGGUGGUGGUCUUCAUCUCCUACUUCGGAGGCAGAGGUCAGAGGCCGCGCUGGCUCGCCGUGGGCGGCGUGGUCAUCGCUAUAGGGGCAGCUUUGUUUUCCCUACCGCACUUCAUCUCACCUCCGUACCAGAUCCAGGAGGUGAACUCCUCAUCGGGCCACGAGGGCCUCUGCCAGAGCGGUAACGGCAGCGGGCGAGAACUUGACGCGGCAUCGUGCCCUCGAGAUCAGGAAGGCAACGAGCACAACCUGUACGUGACUCUGUUCAUCUGCGCCCAGAUUCUCGUGGGCAUGUGGUCGACGCCGAUCUACACCCUGGGGCCCACGUACCUGGACGACAAUGUGAAGAAAGAGAAUGCAUCGCUCUACCUGGCCAUCAUGUACGUGAUGGGAGCUCUGGGACCUGCAGCCGGAUACCUGCUGGGAGGCGUCCUCAUCGGGUUCUACGUCGACCCUAAAACUGUCGUCAACAUCGACCAGAGCGACCCUCGCUUUGUCGGCAACUGGUGGAGCGGCUUUCUCCUGUGUUCCAUCGCCAUGCUCCUGGUCAUCUUCCCCAUGUUUGCCUUCCCCAAAAAGCUGCCUCCUCGCCACAAAAAGAGGAAAAAAAAGAUUGGCUCACCCGGCGAUGUCUCCAGCGACGAUGAGAUGAUGAAGGAGAAGUCCAGUAGUAAAGGGCAGAACGUCUCCUCCUCCAUGGGCUUCGGAAAGGACAUCAAAGAUCUCCCUAAGGCAGCGCUGAGGAUCCUCAGCAACAUGACCUUCCUGUUUGUCAGCCUGUCCUACACGGCAGAGUGUGCCAUCGUCACUGCCUUCAUCACCUUCAUUCCCAAAUUUAUCGAGUCGCAGUUCGGCAUCCCCGCCUCAAACGCCAGCAUUUACACCGGUGUGAUCAUCGUACCCAGUGCCGGGGUGGGCAUCGUGUUGGGCGGAUACAUCAUCAAGAAGCUGAAGCUCGGCGCCAGAGAGUCCGCCAAACUGGCCAUGAUCUGCAGCGGCGUGUCUCUGCUCUGCUUCUCAACUCUCUUCAUUGUGGGCUGCGAGAGCAUCAACUUAGGAGGCAUCAACAUACCCUACACCACCGGGCCGACCCUGACGAUGACCCACAGGAACCUGACGGGCAGCUGCAACGUGAACUGUGGCUGCAGAAUCCACGAGUACGCUCCGGUCUGCGGCUCCGACGGCAUCACCUACUUCAACCCCUGCCUGGCUGGAUGCAACACCGUGGGCAACGACAGCACUGGGAUCAGGAACUAUACGGACUGCGGCUGCGUGCAGAGCAGACAGGUCAUCACGCCGUCCUCGGGCAGUCAGGUCAACCAGCUGCAGCUCGUCAUUGUUAAAACCUACCUGAACGAGAACGGGUACGCCGUGUCAGGGAAGUGCGACCGCACCUGCAACACCCUCAUCCCUUUCCUCAUCUUCCUCUUCAUCGUCACACUCAUCACCGCGUGUGCCCAGCCCUCCGCUAUCAUCGUCACACUCAGGUCUGUGGAUGAACAGGAGAGGCCUUUUGCUCUGGGCAUGCAGUUUGUGUUGCUGCGGACUCUUGCCUACAUCCCCACGCCCAUCUACUUCGGCGCCGUGAUCGACACCACCUGCAUGCUGUGGCAGCAGGACUGCGGCGUUCACGGCUCCUGCUGGGAGUACGACGUCACCUCCUUCCGCUUCGUCUACUUUGGCCUGGCUGCCAGCCUCAAGUUUGUGGGUUUCAUUUUCAUCUUCCUCACCUGGUACUCGAUCAAGCACAAGGAGGAGCGGGCGGAGCUGUGGCGCCAGCGCCUGCCUCCCCUCGGCACCGUCAGCGAGCUCAUCUGCCACGCUGGAGGCCAGAAAAGCCAUGCUCGCACCCGCUCCUGCCCCGUCUUCAUCCCCCCACGGCCCGACCCGCCCACCGCCCUGCUGCUCAACCGCGGUCACAGCAGUCUCAGCUGCCCUGGCAACGCCCUCAAAGCAAUAACCCCGCCCAUCCUGUUACCACAUCACCACAGAGGCUCCGCCCACGUCUGAGAGCUGCAAAGCCUUCCUCUGGGCUUCAUCGUGACGUGCCUUCCUGUUUGUGUUUCUGCACCACACAGUAUCUGCUCCACACCGACCGGACACACGGCGGGGCUCCACCCUGCUGCUGGACUGACAGGCAGAGACACAGGUGUGCCCACCUCACCUAAAGGGCUGCUCACGUCGUUUAUUGUAACAGGAGGCUGACGGAUACCCUGAGCAUAUCAUCAGCUGCAGCCACACAGACAGUCAGACCUCCACCUCAAUGUUCGGACGAUGUAAAGACGUCACAUGGUGCUACUGUUAGCGGGCAGGGCAUUACAAUCUCUGUACAGACAUCUAAAGCACAAGUGACAAACCUGUACUAUGCAAGAUCCGAUGUACAGCUCCUCCCUUCUCAGUACUGUACAGCUCCCUCUCUCUCCUCCCUCUGUCUCCCCCCCUCACUGUGUUCUCAGCUAACUCACACUCCUCUUAUUCUUUCUUUACAGUCUGAGCUGUUCACAUAUCAGCCAUCUCCUCCUCCUGAAGCCAUUCCAUCUGUCUGAUUCGACCCUCUUUUUUCCUUCCUUUUUCGUAACAGUGCCUCUCAGGCUGUCUCGGCCAGUCCAGUAUACAAAAGCUAGCUACCAGGUUACAUGCUAGCUGCUGAAAAAGCCAGUCACUGUCCUCUCUGUGAGCGACGUUACUCUGCUUUGUUUUCUGAAGCUUAGGAACAUUCAGAGACGUAGUCCCUCGCCUUGGAAAAGGUGAUCAUGUAGCUUAAACCGAUGAGCACCAACGGUUCAGUAUUUAACGACUGCUGUGAACAGUCCAGUCUUGUCAGGGAGCAGGACAUCUUUAUUUCCUUACUCAUCACACUCUCAUGAUUUCAAAGUGUAAAAAGUGACAGGAGAAAGGAUGAAGGAAGGCGUCUCAUCUCUGACCAUGUGCUGAAGCUACUGUAUGUCCAAAAACAUGUGAUUGUACCUGAAACUGGAAACAGACUCAGAACACUCGGCUGAUUCGACCACGACAGAGGUGAAAUAAUUUGUGUCUAAUUUAUUGCAUCGAUCAAAAACAAGAAAAGAUCACUUUGGCUUUGUGUAACGGCUUCUCCAUUCUAACGGUCAUCAGAUGUACAUAGUAGUUAUCUCGUAGAUUAGGCUUUAAUAGGUAGAGAGGAAAGCAUGUAAAAACAUGAAACCACGUUUAUCAGCAGGAUCGAUCCGAGGAGGAUCGCUCAGUUUCUGGGUGUUUGGGGCCCUCUAGUGGACAGAGAGAUGAUUGUGUGAAGGCCAGUGAAUGUUGCUUUGUGUCAGACCUACUGUACAAUGAGAUUCUUGGUUCAAAGGUUAAAAAUGUAAACUACUGCGCUGAAUUGAGCUCUCCUGGCAGAAACGAUCUACUGCACGCCACACAACGUCAGCGUUUAGUCAACGGCACAGAUCUUAAGUUGGACGAAUGUUUUCAGAGAUCUCAGAUUUUCUCUGCCUUUUAUUUUCUUGAGUAUGUUCGGAGUUAACUUCCUUUCCAUAGGAGAGGUGUGUUUGGAGUAAACAAAGUAAAAGCUGACUGAUUUUACAAAGUGCACACAAAAAGUCACCAUGAGCACAUGUUUUCAAAUCAUUUUAAUGUUUCUUUUUCAUCUUUAACUUUAAUAAAGUUAUUUUAUUCAUAUUUUGAUAACUUUUAGUUUUUGAAACAUUACAAAGAACGGAGAAUCUGCUGCAGUGGAACGUUUUAAAAGUUAAUAUUUUGGGCCAAGAUUCACAGUGUUCUGCCAGGUGAAGAUUAUCACGUGUUAAUGGCAGUGACUGAUUCUAGUAUCAUCGUGACUUAGUACCUCAAAUGACAUAUUCAUAAGUGAUCAUUUUGUAAAUACUGACAAAGCAAAUGAAGCGUAUUAUAGAGCUCACUCAUAGUUAGGAGCAUAUUUAUGAACUAACCCCAUGCCAUUGUAGACUCCAGUAUAAAGAAUUAAGACGUAAAGCUACAAAAACAGACAAAAAAAGAAACAAAGGGUGGGUUUGUGUCGCGGUGCCUGAACAGUAUUACUCACACAGGGACUUUGAUUCAUGUCAUGUGGGGAGGGAGGGCUUUUUUUUCGGUUCCUGUCAAAAGGACGGACACAUUUUGCUACCCAGAAUUCCCCUCUUCUCUACGCCUGUGAUGAUUCUCUGCUCGUCCUCUUGUCCGUCCUCUUACUCUUACAGGAAUACCAACGUGAGAUUAUUGAUCAUGUCUCCUGCUGGUGGAUCCUUGUCUAGUCUUCGUCAAAUGUAUUCCUUAUUUUAAAUUCUGCUGAUUUAACAAACAUAAACACGUUAGGGUAAAAAUGUUGAUAAAACUCAGUUCCAGGUAAAUGUGUCUUUUACCCUAAAAAAUAAUGAAGUGAUGCAAACCAAAGCAUGCACAUUUUGCAGGAUCAGGCAGAGAAUCAUCCGUUCCACCACAGAUUCUAUUCAGAGUAAAUGUGAGGUGUCUGCCUUUACUUACUGUUAAAUACUUGGAAGUGUCCUGCUGCUCAGACGCCUGGAUCACUGCAGACAGGCGACUUCAGGUCGACUGUACGUUGUUGCUUUAACUCAUUUUCUUUCAUCAGUAUUUGAACUGGAAGUGAACUUCCUGGACAGAACAGAAGCUGCAUUCUGAAAGUUGAGCUCUUAUCGCUUUUGUUCCUCAGAAGCAAAAGUCUAAUUGAUGUUUGUGAACAUUUGGUUUACAAAUGCCUUGAAUACUUGAUAUUUGUCAUUAAAAAAUUGUGAAAAAUCGA